AUAUAAACAUGCGUAAUUAUGUUAUUUGUUUUUGGACAGGUGACAUUGGUUUAACCAGCAAAGCCUAAAUCAAAUCUCGUUUUCAAGAGUUUCCUGGCUAAGAUAGGCAGCAAUAACAAUGACUUACAAACAAACAACAUAAGACAAAUGACAUAAUGUUUUAGUUUCAAGUAUAUUGGGAGCCAUUGAUGAGUUUGAGUAUGACUAUGAAUUUAUUAAUGUAUAUCUGUGACUGAAUGUAUGUAUGGAUAUUAAUGGAGGAAUCAAUGCAUUUUUAUAACUGAAUGUAUGGAUAUUUAUGAAUGGAUAAAUGAAUUUUUAUUUAUGACUGUUUAUUUAUGAAUGAAUGCAUGGAUGCUUAUGGAAGUAGGAAUGAGUGUUUGUAAGGCAUGUAUGGGAGAACAGAAGAAUGUAGGAAGGAUGGCUUUUUUGCACAAGUAUAGAAAAUGGUGAUUUGCAAUUUACACAGCUCUUUGAGUAGCCCAAAUGUUUACUGUACAUUUGUCUUUUAAUUGUUUUAACCCCAUGCUUGUUGUGUGUCUCUGUUGUAACUCUUGCAACAAUUUCUCCCAGUGUCCAAAACAAAUUUCUCCUUGGGGAGAAUAAUAAAGAUACUUUGACCUUUGACAUUGACAGUAACAGGUGGAAUGAAAGCAUUAGAUGGGUAAAUGUACAAAAUGCAAUGCAUUUAGCAUUUAAAAACAUCAAAUAUGUAUAAAGCUUUUUCCAGUCACAGGUGGAAUAAAGAUAUUAGAUAAUACAUGUACUUAACAUUAAAUCAUUCAAUAUUAUAUUAAUGUGUGUUGAGCAUAACAUAUUUACAAAGUUAAAAAGACGUCUGACUUCUGACGUUGCAGUAUGCAUCUGAUUGGGAGAAACACUUUAAUUGUCCGUGUAGUAUUUAGGCUAAUGAAUGGCGUUAAGCUUUUGAAAAAGUCCUGUGAAUCAGAAAGGUUACCUUAAGCAGGAUAUCAUGUCUCUCCACACUCUAACACACUUUCUCCUGCACUCUGUGUGGGCUACGCCACCAUCACUGCCUGAGGUCUUGUUUCACCACUUCUUGUUUUUGUUCCAAGUACUACGAGCUGUGGCCUGUGUUUUCUUAAAUUGAGCAUGUCUGGCAUCAAGGGGGUCUCAGCCUCUUAGUAGAUUACUUUGAAAUCGUUUAUACCCACUGCUGUGUGAUGCUCUGUGCCACAUCUCUCUCCAGGAGGGUCCCUCCUUUACUCACUUUAUCUGGUUGUUGUCACUGUAUAUUGCUGUUAAUCUUGUUGUCUUUUUCAGAAAGAGGAGCUUCUGUUGCUUUGAAAGUCCGGACUGUGAAUGAACAGCGCCAACAUGGAAAACAGCAAGCAGCCAGUGAAGGAGGUGCUCCCCCUGCCUCGCCUCCCUUCUCCACUUCCUGUGACCUCUUCCUCUCUGACCUCUGCUGCCACUUCAAAGAAACACACCACAGGAUCCAUGCAGAAUGUACAGGUGGCCUCCUCAGUGGUGACAUCGUUCAGCCAUCUGAAGCCUCCAGAGAGAGAUCUCACCCUGAUGUCCCACAUGAAGUCUAUUAAGUCUCUGAGGCACGCUGGCUUCACUGCAGUCUUCACAGGACAAACUAAGCUUGACUGUGAGGAUCUGUUGGAGGAGGCACCAAUCGUCGAUGUGAUCCUGGCUGACGUCGACUCCCUGGUGCCCACUCACGAUGAAGCCGGCAGCCCUAUAGCGGAGUGGAAACGACAGGUGAUGGUGCGGCAGCUGCAGCUCAGGCUGCAGGAUGAGGAGGAACAGAGGAGACAGGACAUAAGUAAUGGCUACACGUCAAUGGAUGCUGGCUGGAAGUUCUCCCAAGCCUACAAUGCAGUCUUGGGGCCCUUUGGUGAGCUUUUAACAGAGGAUGACCUGGUGUACCUGCAGCAGCAGAUCGAGACUGUUUCCCUGCAGAAGCGCUGCCAGGCCUAUGAGCUGGAGCUGACCAGGCUGACCCAGGAGCUGAGGGCAAUUUUACCUGAUCCAAUCGUAAACAUCUCCCUCAACAAAGAGGUCCUGCAAAAGAUGGACGCAGAGGGGAAAAUGUACCUGACAUUGCCAGCAUGGUGCAGUCGUGUUUCAGAGAUUGUUAAGAGCAUGUCAAUGCUGGUGGCUAAUCUGACACAAACCACAGAAGAAGGGGGUGAGAGGGGGAUAGUGGAAGGCAUGAUGGAGGAGAUGAAGGGUUCGCAGGGGGUAAGAGAUAGUUUAGGAAUUGAUUUAGGCCAGGGAUUGGUGCAACAGGGCCAAGUGAAGGUGUCAGCAGAUGGUGAGACCUCUAGUGUGUGUAGGAUUCCUCAUAUAGGGAUGGCGUCAGCUUUUAGCCAUCGUCUGGAGACCAACAGCUACGGCAGAGCCAGGAGGGAGAGGGUGGAGAGGGAGAUCCAACAGUCUGGGGUGUCGGUCAGAAACCUCAGAUCCAACUUUGAAGGUCAGAUUGGUAGUAUUUAUCCCUUUGCUGGGGUUAUGAUAAGAGGCCAGGGUUUGAACAGCCAGGUAGGGUUUGGAGCUUCAGGAGUAAACAACCAGAAUGCCAACACAGGCCUCAGCUGCAAGGUCAGUCACUGUGAUCUUCCUAAAAAACGUAUACCUGUGAUGGAGACUACCAGCUUAAGGAAGGAACGUAUCGUGGUGCUGUUCCUGAGCCACUGGAAAAAAUCAGCAUAUUCUAUUUCAGUGAGAGCAGCUAGGCAGAGACAGGGACAGGAAGCACUGUCAGAGGAUGUGACAGGAGCGUCGCCCCAACAGAAAAUCACCUCCAUGUUUAAAUUCUGCCUACAACGAGGUGUAGUGGCCAAGAUGCUAAACUCCUGGAAGAAUAAACUAGAACUCAAAGAUGCACAAAAGUCCUGUUUGUCCUCCUCCAACUCCUCACAAAAUCCACCACCUCGAGUAACCUUCUCCCCAGAGCAAUUCCUACCAGAUGUGGAUGGCGUUGCAGUGACCCACGACAGCUUGACCCUUGACCUCUUCAUGCUGGGAUACUUCCACAUCUUAGAGCAAGAGCUGUCACCUGAGGAGAGAAAAAUGAGGCAUCUACUCUGCUUCGAAGUCUUUGACCACGUUGGCAUUUUCUCCUGGGAGACGGUGAGGGGCUUCCACAAGGCUGUUCUCCAGGAAAUCCAGGCUGGGAGUCGACAGUGGAGCGACGGCUUCGAGGACAUCAAAAUUCGCUUCUUUGGGGACUCGAGACCAUGCCGCUGUCCAUCACCAUCAUCAUCUUUAUUGUUGUCAGAUUCCAGACUUGUACCCAAAGUUGUAGUUCAAUCUGCUACUCCAGCCGAGUGUUGCAGAGACACAGACUUCUCUUGUUUCAACAAAGAAGACAUUUGUGAAUAUAUCGACCGCAGCUUUGCUUUCUGGAAGGAGAAAGAGGCAGAGCUCUUUGAUUUUAAACAUUAGUAUUAAGGUUAAGUUUGACAUUUUUUGCACACACGGUGACAUGUCGGUGUGUUUAUUUUUGUUUAACUGACGGGGGCUGAAUAAAAUUCUGUUGAGAAGACAUUAUUGAUGCAUUAUUAUUGCAAACUUAAGUCAUAGUUAUAGUUGUUAGUCAGUUAGUUGUUUACAUAGUAAUCACUGAAAAACAGAGGCCUUAAGUUGUGCAUUUACUUUUCCUUUAUAUCCAUUUUCUGCAAACACAAAAUUAUCCUUUCCAUUUAAAAAGCGUUAUGGUGUCAUUUCUGUAAUCGGACAGCAGGACCACAGAAAACAUUGUAUACAUUUCAAUGAAUGUGACAAUAUCUCUGAGGAUUCCUAUUAUUUUUUAGUACUCUAUCGCCACUUCAAGGGGCACUCCAAUCAUUUUACAUGUCAAGGCCAAUUUGCAUCUUAUAUCUAAUAU